AUGCCUUGCACAAUUCUUCUACUGGUCCAGCCCGACGAGCGUCUGGGGAAGCGCACCUACUUCCGUUUCCAGAGCAUCGAAGACUUGGUGGAUCGCGUGUGCGCCAUCUACGAGGGGCUUCUGCAGCGCAAAUACCCCGGAAUGCCUGUCAUACACUACGACAUCGCCGAACUGUUCGACUUCAUGGACGAGCUGAAGGACAUCGUCUGCUUGGUGCAACAGGAGGGCGCCAGCGAGUACGUGCCGCGCAACACGCAGUGGAUCAAGGAGCAGAUAUUUGUAAAACUGAACACCUUGAAAAAGGAACAAGCCAAAAAGGACCGCGAAUACUCAGAAGAAGAUGCAUGA